CACCUGCGACGGCGACGGAGACAACUUCUCUGUCUGUCGCUCCAGCCCGACUCCGUUCCGGUCUCACCUUUCUCAGAGCGAAACCCUAUAUUUCCGUUCUUGGUCUCAGAUCGGUUGCAGAAGCCACCAAGCUAGCGCCUCUCUCGUGCCCUAAUCUCCGAUCGCUCGCCCUCGCUCUCGUUCGCUCCUCCGCCUCGUUCUAUUUCCGUGGGUUCCGAUCUUGAUCGGGGGAAUGGCGGUGAUCAACAUGGCGGCCAAGUAUAAAACGACAGUCAAAGAGCCUGGGACUCCAGGAGUGCUCAGGAUGCAAUUUGGAAACUUUUUGCCCAGAUCACAUUGUAGUAGAAGCUUCAGCCAUAAUGCCUGGAACCGGGAGUUUUCUUGAAAAUAAUUCGCAUUGAUCGUUUUCUUUUCUGUUGAUGGUUGUUGAGCAGUCUACCAUUCUUCUUGUGCUGAUGAUCGGUUUUGUCUUUCGGGUUGCAGUCUGAGGACAAAUUUAUAUUCGUUCCUAACGAUCCUAGGUCAGCAAUGAAGCUUAAUGUGGAUUUUCGAAACAUUAAAGGUCACAAGUUCAGCAAGGACGGUUCCAAACAAGCAUUGUUGAACCUUACACAAGAUUCUGAGAAGGGAGGAGGCUACAUUUUUGAGUUUGACAAUUUCUCUGACCGCAAUGUUUGCCGAGACUUUGUAGGAAAAGUCCUAGGGAAGUUUCAGGCUAUGAUGUCCUCUAAACAAAACGAGCAACUGGUGCCUGAAAAACCUGCAGCUACAGUUCAUGGUGAACAGCUCAGCACUACAGAGAUGGAGCUCCGAAUGAAGUUGUUGAGGGAGGAUAGUGAAUUGCAGAAACUACACAAGCAAUUUGUCAUUGGUGGUGUGUUGACAGAAUCUGAGUUUUGGGCAACUAGAAAGAGUUUACUUGAUGAUGAUGCUCAGAGAACAGCAAAGCAAAGAGCAGGAUUCAAAAGUGCUAUGCUUGCAGAUGUUAGGCCAUCGACUGAUGGUCGGACCAAUAAAGUCACAUUUAGCCUUACCCCGGAGAUCAUUCACCAGAUUUUUGCUGAAAAGCCAGCUGUUCAUAGGGCAUUUCUGAAUUUUGUCCCCAGCAAAAUGACAGAAAAGGAUUUCUGGACAAAAUAUUGUAGAGCUGAAUACCUCCACAGGACAAAAAAUUCGGUGGCUGCUGCAGCGGAAGCGGCAGAAGAUGAGGAACUUGCUGUAUUUCUAAAGCAUGAUGAAAUAUUGGCCAAUGAAGCCCGCCAUAAGAUUAGACGGGUUGAUCCAACAUUAGAUAUGGAAGCCGAUAUAGGAGAUGACUACAUCCAUCUUCCAGAUCAUGGAAUUCUUCGGGAUGGUAGCAAGGAGACUGCUGAUGCUGAGAAUGAAUUUGCUAGGAGGACACUCUCACAGGAUCUUAAUCGGCAUGCAGCUGUGGUUCUUGAAGGGAGGGCAUUAGAUGUGGAGUUGGGAGACACAAGGACUGCAGCUGAAGCACUCGCAAGGUCCAAACAGGAGUUGUCUACUGAAAUCUCAGAUGAGAAGACAAACCAAGAACGAAUGGAGAAGGUUUCUCGAAUGACUGAGAUUGAGGAUCUCCAAGCUCCUUGUAGCCUCCCAUUUGCACCGCUCUGCAUCAAGGAUCCGCGGGAGUAUUUUGAUUCACAACAAGCCAAUGCUUUCAAAGCUUUAGGAGAUACUGGUGGUGGAAUCACACCUGUUGAUUGCAGCCUAAAGACUGAGGAGGCAUAUAUUUAUUUGCUGGAGCAGAUUUCUGAGGUGAAAGUCAGAGGGUUGAAUAAACCAGUUGUUCAACCUGAAGCAGCUCUCAAGGUUCUCAAUGGGUUGAAUCCAUAUCUUUCAAGUACCAAAUAUCAUCUUGGAAAGAACCCUCAGGAGUGUGUCCUGGAUAGGCUGCCAAACAGGACUAAAGAUGAACUUAUGCAUCAUUGGACAUCCAUUCAGGAGUUGCUACGACAUUUUUGGUCGUCAUAUCCUGUUACAACCGCAUAUCUUUAUAAUAAGGUUUUAAGAUUGAAGGAUGCUAUGGCACAGAUCUAUCAUAAGCUACAGGAGAUAAAGGAAUCUGUUCAGUCAGAUUUCCGGCAUCAAGUUUCUCUCCUUGUUCAGCCCAUGCUCCAGGCCUUGGAUGCUGCCUUUGCCCACUAUGAUACAGAACAGCAGAAGCGGUCCGUGAAGAGUGGCAAUAAACCAAAUGGUUUUGUUCAAUGAAAGCUUAUAAUUUUAUUUUCCAUGUAAUAUAAUUAAAUUUUGAUAUUCAUGAUGACGAAGUCACUAAAUUUCCAAUCCUAGAGCCUGCAUGCCUGCAUGUUUUUCAUUUGUCUUUUGAGUUCAUCCCAAACAUGUAUCAGGCUUUUCAUAUUUGAUUGAGGGUCACUCAUCCUGUUCAUUUGUAUGCCCAACAUUGAGGUUCAUGUGAUCUUGUUGGAAAGAGAUCCGGUGUAACCUUUGUGAGACGAAAAGAUGCUACUCUAACGGCCUUCAAUUUCA